AUGCCCGAUAAUAAAUAUUAUGAUAUCUUAGGUGUUUCACGUGAUGCUUCAGAAACUGAAAUUAAAAAAGCAUACCGUAAAUUAGCCAUCAAAUAUCAUCCAGAUAAAAACUCAGAACCAGGUGCAGUAGAUAAAUUCAAAGAAAUUACAGUUGCAUAUGAAGUUUUAUCUGAUGGUGAAAAGAGAGAAAUUUAUGAUAAAUAUGGUGAAGAAGGUCUCAGCAAUAAUGGUGGUCCAGGAUUCUCACAUGACGAUAUUUUCUCACAAUUCUUUGGUGGUGGUUUUGGUGGUUUUGGUGGUGGUAGAGGAGGUGGUCGUAGAGGCCCAAGAAAAGGUGAACCACUUCAACAUAAUCUCAAAGUUACCCUUGAUGAUUUAUACAAAGGUAAAGUUCAAAAACUUGCCCUUCAAAAGAAUAGCAAAUGCUCAGAUUGUAAUGGUAAAGGUUCAACUGCCAAGGAUGCUGUAAAACGUUGUGACGAUUGUAACGGUACUGGUUUCAAGGUAACCCUCAGACAAAUUGGCCCAGGUAUGGUCCAAAAACUCCAAUCACACUGCCAAGCUUGUAAAGGUGAAGGUAACGUAAUUCGUGAAAAAGAUAAAUGUCAAAAAUGUAAAGGUCAAAAAACCAUUCAAGAAAAGAAAACUUUAGAAGUCAAUAUUGAUAAGGGUAUGAAACAUGGACAAAAAAUUGUUUUCCCAGAAGAAGGUGACUACGAAUCACCAGAUGUCGUACCAGGUGAUGUUAUCGUUGUUAUUGUCCAAAAAGAACAUCCAACUUUCCAAAGAGAAGGUGAUGAUUUAAUCAUGGAACACGAACUCACCCUUUUAGAAGCUUUAACUGGUUUCACCCUUUACGUUACCCAUCUCGAUGGUCGUGUUAUUACCGUUAAGAACCCAGCUUCACAAAUUAUUAAACAAGGUGAUAUUAAAUGUAUUUAUAACGAAGGUAUGCCAGGUUACAAGAGACCAUUCGAAAAAGGUAGACUUUUCAUUAAAUUCAACGUUGUUUUCCCAGCUUCUGGUCAAAUCACUCCAGAAAAUGCUAAAUUAUUAGAAAAAAUCCUUCCAAAACCAAAACCAGUUACUAAACCAGUUAGCCACGAUGGUAUCGACGAAGAAGCCACCCUCCACGACUUUGAUCCAAAGACUAACAGAGGUUCAUCAAGUAGCGCCUAUGAUGAAGAUGAAGAUGAAGGUCAUGGUCAUCCACAAGGUGUAAGCUGUGCUCAACAAUAAGAUCUUUAAUAUAAUACAAAGAAGAAAAGGAAGAAGAAAGUUUUUUUAUAUUUAACAUUCAUACAUAUUUAAAUUUAGGGCAUAAACCAAUUUUUUUUUUUUUUUUUCUAAAAUAAAUUAAAAUUUUAUUUCUUUUUUUCUUUAUUUUUUUUAUUAAAUAAUAAUAAUAAAAAUAUAAAGAUUAGAAGAGAUAUUAAAAAAGAAAAAAAAUAUAUAACAUUACAAAAU